UUUUCUGUUGAAAUUAAUUUUCAUAAGUCUAAUGACAACCAUCCCAACUUUUUUCCCUUAAAUUUGCCUCGCACAAAACUCCAAUUUUUUGGAAUACUGACAUUCUUAAACUAUUUUCCUAUUGACAUUAUCAUGGAUAAUAAUGCUUUCUAUACCUCUAAUAACAACGACCUUAUCGCUACAAAUUCCUCAUAUUGCCAUAGCUCGUCUUCGGAUUAUAUGUGUUUCUAUUCCCCCAGUUCCUUCGAAAUUUUUGUUCCAAAUUAUCCCGAUAUGGUGAAUGAGGUGGAAAAGUCAGAUGGAAUUAAACAACAAAAACUUGAGAGUAACGAGCCUUGUGUUAACAAUAAUGAAGUUGUAAAGAAUGACUUUGCUAAGUCUGUUACAUCAAAAAAUGAACGUCGUCGAAUCAGUGGUGGAAUAAAUGGAGCUUUUGCCGCACUUCGAAGUCAAAUUCCAACUUUUCCAUAUGAAAAGCGUUUAUCCAAAAUUGACACACUUAAUUUAGCGGCAAGUUUUCUAAAAAAUUCUUACAAUAAUUCUCUAUUUCAGUGUGCAUAUAUAAACAUGCUUGAGGCAAUAAUUGCUAGCGACGAUGAACCUUUUAGAUUUCUAGAACGAACAAUUAGGGAGGCAAAAUUAAACAAUAAAUCAUUGGAAUAUUCAAGUACAAUAUGGGGCACUAGUGAUCUGCUUGCCCGACUACAUUGGAUUAAUUGGGCAGCAAUGGGACUUGUGCCGCCUUUGGCUGAAUGA